AUUUCUCCCUCUUCUUCAGGUACCCAUCCAGUCAUCCCUCACUCUCAAUAAAAGGUGCCCAAAAAAGAAAAUUACACUCCAUAAACAUUCACAUUUGUGUUUGUCACAAAAUGUCAAUGGCUCUUUCAAGUUCUACCACUACCAACUCUCUUCUCCCCAACAAAUCUUUGGUUCAAAAUCAACCCCUUUUAUCUUCUCCUCUAAAGAAUGCAUCUUUCCCCAACAACUCAACCAAAGCCGUUAGAUUUGUUCAGCCCAUCUCAGCCGUUCAUUCCUCUGAUUCUUCCAAAAACCCCAUUGUUUCCGACAAGCCCUCCAAGUCUUCUCCACCGGCGGCCACCGCCACGUCGGCUCCGGCUGUGACGAAAACUGAAUGGGCGGUGGAUAGCUGGAAAACCAAGAAGGCCCUUCAGCUACCUGAAUACCCAAAUCAAGAGGAGCUUAGAUCUGUUCUCAAGACGAUCGAUGAGUUCCCUCCCAUCGUGUUUGCUGGUGAGGCUAGGAGCCUUGAAGAACGCAUUGGUGAGGCUGCUAUGGGAAGGGCGUUUUUGCUACAAGGAGGAGAUUGUGCCGAGAGUUUCAAGGAAUUCAAUGCCAAUAAUAUUAGGGAUACUUUCAGAAUCCUUCUUCAAAUGGGUGCUGUUCUCAUGUUUGGCGGUCAGAUGCCUGUCAUCAAGGUUGGAAGAAUGGCUGGGCAAUUUGCAAAGCCGAGAUCAGAUUCGUUUGAGGAGAAGGAUGGUGUAAAGCUGCCAAGUUACAGGGGAGACAACGUGAAUGGAGAUGCAUUUGAUGUCAAAUCCAGGACUCCUGACCCUCAGAGGCUGAUCAGGGCUUAUUGCCAAUCUGCAGCUACUUUGAAUCUAUUGAGGGCUUUCGCUACUGGAGGAUAUGCUGCCAUGCAGAGGGUCACACAGUGGAACUUGGAUUUCACAGAACAUAGUGAGCAGGGUGAUAGGUACCGUGAACUAGCUAAUAGAGUGGAUGAGGCCCUUGGUUUCAUGUCAGCAGCUGGACUUACAAUGGACCACCCUAUUAUGAAGACCACCGAGUUCUGGACAUCUCAUGAGUGCUUACUUUUGCCCUAUGAGCAGUCACUAACACGGUUGGAUUCAACUUCUGGCCUUUACUAUGAUUGCUCUGCCCAUAUGCUUUGGGUUGGAGAGAGAACCAGGCAGUUGGAUGGAGCCCAUGUUGAGUUCUUGAGAGGCAUUGCCAACCCUCUUGGUAUUAAGGUGAGUGACAAGAUGGACCCAAAUGCGUUGGUCAAGCUCAUUGAGAUUUUGAACCCUCAAAACAAAGCUGGGAGGAUUACAAUAAUUACCAGAAUGGGAGCAGAAAACAUGAGGGUUAAGCUUCCUCAUCUUAUCAGGGCAGUCCGAAGAGCAGGACAAAUUGUCACUUGGGUAUCUGAUCCUAUGCACGGAAAUACCAUCAAAGCUCCUUGCGGCCUAAAAACUCGACCUUUUGAUUCCAUCAGGGCUGAAGUAAGAGCAUUCUUUGAUGUUCAUGAGCAAGAAGGAAGCCACCCAGGAGGAGUUCACCUGGAGAUGACAGGCCAAAACGUCACAGAAUGCAUUGGUGGAUCAAGAACUGUGACCUUUGAUGAUCUGAGCUCACGUUACCACACCCACUGUGAUCCCAGGCUCAACGCAUCUCAAUCCCUUGAGCUCUCAUUCAUUAUCGCAGAACGUUUGAGGAAAAGGAGGCUCGGAUCACAAAGCCUGUUAGGUCAAUAGAUAUUUGGACAUGUUCAAAUGCUACCUUUUUUUAAAUUUACUUCUUUACUUAUAUUAUGAAUGGUUGUAUGAAAAAAUAUAUUUUCUUAAAUCCAAUUUGGAGGAUGUGUUAUGUUUGCCGUACGUGCAUACUGAAAUUGUUUUAAUGUAACGAGUUUGGUGAGACUAAGCAAUAAAGCAAGGGAGUUACUCUA